AUGAAGUUAUUUGAAAGUGAACAUUUUUUUAAUUAUCCAUGGGAUCAAGUUACUGCAGCAAACUGGCAAAAAUACCCAAAUGAAUUAUCCACCCAUGUGAUAUCGGUGGAUAUCUUGGAUAGACAACUAAUCAACAACAACCAGACGUUAAGAACAGAGAGAUUGAUUGGUUGUAAGCAACCAAUCCCAAGAUGGUUAUCCUUCAUAGUAGGAGGUGCCACAGUCAGUUAUGUUAGAGAAGUAAGUGAAGUGGAUUUGAUAAGUAAGACUUUGGUGAUGAAAUCCAUGAACUUGACCAUGAGUAAUCUUUUGUUGGUGAAAGAGACUGUUAUUUACAAGCCAGAUGAAGAACUCCCAUUGAAUAGAACAACAUUUUUGCAAAGUGCAGAGAUCACUGCUUUUGCUUCGUUAUCCAAAUUGUGUGAUAAGUUGGAGGACUGGUCAGUAGAAAGAUUUGGUCAGAAUGCAAAAACCGGUAAGGAAGCUUUUGAAAGUGUUUUGAAUAAGUUGACUUCAAAAUGGGAGGAGAAUGGAAUUUUUGAAAACAGUACCAUCUUACAAGAAGUUAAGAAAAUAGUAUAA